GGGUUGGUAUCCGCGUACAAGCCAAGCCAGGGUUUGGCAGUACGCAAAACAAAGGCAAGACGACGGGCCUCCAGUCAUGGCGCAACGGGAGAAAGGUGGUCGCGUGGUCUUCAUCGGCAACAUACCAUAUGGAGUCAGCGAGGAGCAAAUAUGCGAGAUCUUUGGUCGCGUAGGGAACGUGGUUAGUUUCCGACUGGUGUACGACAAGGAGACGAACAAACCCAAAGGCUUCGGGUUCUUGGAGUACACAGAUGUCGAUGCGGCAGCGUCAGCCGUGCGGAACUUGAACGAAUUCGAGGUCAUGGGUAGAACGCUCAGGGUCGACUACAGCAACGACAAUGGUGGCGGAAGGAGUAAGGAUCAAACUCAACAGCAGCAAGAUACCCGAGCGCCACCGCCAGCUCAUUUCAAUGCUCAAGCCCCAGCACAGUCGAACGGCGCAGCUCCGGCUCCGCUACCACCGUUACCACCAGGUGUCGAUUUGCCUGCAGGCAUGUCGGCGCCUGACGCUAUCAGUAAAACCUUAGCAACAAUACCACCGGCGCAGCUGCUCGAUAUCCUUAGCCAGAUGAAGACUUUGGCGACCGAAAACCCAAUGUCAGCCGCAGCACUCCUUGCACAAGCACCGCAACUGAGCUAUGCCAUCUUCCAAGCACUACUACUACUAGGCUUGGUAGACACAAACAAGCUCCAAGAGCUUCUACCAGGCGCACAAGCUGCGCCACCGCCUCAGACGCCGAUUCAAGCACCUCCUUCGAUAGCCCACCAAUACCAACAGCAGGCCAUGCCGCCACAGUAUGCGCAGCCGCCACCGCAGCAAUAUAGCACGCCCAUGCCACUACCUUACCAGCAAGGCCCACCUCACGGGUACGCGCCGACUCCGCCAGUGCAGCAGCCGGCAUACAACCCUCCCCCAGUGCCCCAAGCGCAGCCUCCACCACCUUCGGCGCCGCCAGGUAUGCCGCCAGAUCAGGCGGCGCUCAUCCAACAGAUCCUAGCAAUGUCAAGGGAGCAGAUUUUCGCGCUCGAUCCGGUUGCGAGAGACCAAAUUGUGCAGUUGAGGGCCCAAUUUGGUGCGCCGGUUAUGUGAGUGGCUUCGUCUAUCGACUCAGCGUGUUCCGCCGAAGUCGAUCUUCUGGACGGGGACAUGUUGUCAAUGAAAGAUUAAAUGCACGAGUGUAUUGGUGGCAGGGGUCAUCAUGUGUAUCAAGCGAGGUGUUCGGCGUUCUAAGUACUCAUGGCGAGAUCUACGACGCGUUGUAUCCUGCUGGGCAGACAGAAAGUUCAGAAAUCGGCAUCCAAGAUCAUCCUUAAUAUGUACUAUUAGAGAGUAUCCUUAUAGCUCUCGUCGAAGAGCAACUUUGACCUCUUCACUCAAAUUCAGGCGCGUGAGAGUACGGCGUCUCGACUGUAUAAGCAAGUCGACCA